AUUAGUCUUUAAUAUUUAAUAAAAUGUGAGAGAUAUAAGAAUCAACAUAAUAUUUAGGUGUACAUCAUAUAGAAGUUCUUAUUUUGUUUUGUGGACAGGUUAUUGUCAUGAGGGUUGUACUUUAAGUUCAAUGUACAUGAAUGGUGAAGUGGAGCCCUUGAUCACCUGCAACCAGUGUUAUCAUGUCAAAUUUCUUGCCCCGAGUCUAGUUCGCAGUGAGUCUCCAACUAGUCCCUUGCCCUUGCAACGGCAAGAAUAUCAAACUGCUAUGACGGUCACUAAAGCAACACGACCUAAUGCUUUUAGCCAACCUUUAGCAUGUGUUAAAACUGAGGAGAGUGUUACUGAUGUUAAGCAAACUACUUCUAAUUCUAAUUUGGCAACGAAAACCCGAAGUAGAACAUUGUCUUGGGGAAUCAUAUGGAAGAAAAAGAACAUUGAAGAUAAAGGUGCUGAUUUCAGGCGUGCAAACAUUCUCCUAAGGGGUAGCUCAGAUGUACAAGGUUUAGGGCCUGUUUGUGAUCUGUGUCAACUGCCGUACAACUCUGAUCUGAUGUAUAUUCACUGUGAAACUUGCGAAAGGUGGUUUCAUGCUGAAGCUGUUGAACUUGAGGAGUCAAAGCUUUCUGAUGUAGUAGGUUUCAAGUGUUGCAAAUGUCGUAGGAUUGGUGGACCUGAGUGUCCCUACAUGGAUCCUGAACUCAAGGAAAAAAAGCGCAAGAACCGUCGCUUGAGGGCUCAAAAGCAGGGACAAGGCGCUAUGAAGAUGGAAUCUGAGUUUGGCACCCCUUCUGAAUCUAAGGAGUGUAAACCCACUACUCCAAUGUAUCCCAUGGAGGAAGUAUUUGUACCAAACACUGAUCCUCUCCUUUUCUCUCUUUCAAAAGUUGAGCUUAUCAAAGAGCCCAAUUCAGAAGUGGGUUUUGGUUGGAAUGCUGCUGGGCCAGGGCCGCAAAAACUUCCAGUCAGAAGGCAUGUGAAAUGCGAAGAGGAUGUUGAUGGUAGUUCUAUUGGGAAUAAUCUUUCUCAAGCUGAAUUAUCUAUGCAUUUUGAAUCAAAUAACGUCAUGAACCCAGAGGAACCUUCAGUUCCGUGUGUGGGAUGGGAUACUUCUGCCAAUGGCCUUGAAGGUGAGAUGCUGUUUGACCUUGGAGGUCUUAGCUAUGAAGAUAUGGAGUUCGAACCCCAAACCUACUUCUCUUUUUCAGAGUUGCUAGCAACAGAUGAGGGUGGUACUUUGGAUGGAACUGAUACCUCUGGGGUUGUGCCUGUAAACCAGGAAGAUAUUUCCUUUUCAAUUUCACAGGAUAUAGUCCCAGACCAUGGAAUGGGUACAUCUAAUGAUAAACAUUCAAAUUCAACUGUUGGUACAAUGCAUUGUCGAAUUUGUUCAGAUAUGACAGAAUCCCCUGAUCUCUCAUGCAAGGUUUGUGGGUUUUUGACACACCGCCGUUGUUCUCCUUGGGAUGAGUCCUGUCACACAGAAGGAAGUUGGAGAUGUGGGAAUUGUCGAGAGUGGCGAUAGCUGACUCCUUGUUUUUUAAAGGUUUUGCGGUGUUCUGUUUUUUGACACAGAGGGAGUGUUGUUUGAUGACGAUAUGACGAUCUGCAAGAAUGUGGUUGAGCUGGCCUUACAAUUGGAAAUUGUACAUCAUUCUGAGGAAGAAUGAUGAUCAACAGCUUAAAUUAUCUUCUCCUUGGGUGUUGAAGUGGGAGAAGUUUUGAAAACGCCAAGCGGUUUUUGCAGUUAUAUACAUGGCUCCACUUGUCACGGCACUGGAUAUGAACUUUACUCUGACUGAAUCAGUAAGUUCAUGGAGAUGCAUUUUGUCAUUUGGUGAAAGAAGUUGGGAGUUUUUACUCCCAAUAUUGGCCGUGUUAGUGGUGAAAAUUAUUUGUGGUGGGAAGUGGGAACAGUAGGACUAUUUCACAGGCUUAAAAGGUGAUGUAGGUUGGUAAGGUAAGCAUGCCUUUUUGUAUCGUGCUUAUCUGGUUGCAUUGCAUUGCUUGUACAAAAAUUCGAAAUUCCGUGGUAUUUUUUGUUGAGAUGAGAUUAUCAAAGAUUAAUAGAGCUACUUAACUAUACAAUUUAGCUUUCACACAUGCCAAAGAUCAAUUUAUAUUUUCUAC